GAGGGGAGCAACUAAACCAACCCACAGUAUCUCACCACUUGCUCUCUGGAAAUGCUUCAGAUUGGGACCCUUGGUUUAAAAACAAAACCGGUUAGAUAUUCCGUUUCACGUUGCAAAGAUGACAUUUAUGUUGCCGUCGUUUAGACAUCCAGUGCGUCCUGAGAGUGCGCUCUAGGCUACUUUAUACCAGGAGGAGGAGGGAGAGGGGGGGGAGAAAGCGCUUGACAAACUUGGACCGAAGGGAUGCGCCAGCGAGUGCAUAUCUUGGCAGGGAUCAGUUAUUGAGGAUUGGAAAUGGCACACAGUCGGCUUUCCCCAUGGAAUGAGACUCCUCGUUUUCCAGCUCUGACAUAAAAAAAAAAACAAAAAAACGUCUCAACAGCUCCUAACUUCUAACAUUUUUUUUUUUCCCACGCAGAAAAAUCUGUCGCUUGUUCCAGAAGAGUGCCGGACGACGUUGGACACAGUAUAUCCAACGAAUUUCGAUGCGGAAAGUUGUGCAUGCUGUGACUGGAUUUUGUGGCUUCUUGAAGUUAUAUAUUUUUUUGGAUGUCAACACUGUGACGGAGGUUUGAGGGUGAACCACCUGCCUCUGGGAUCACCGGUGGACAUAUCAAGCUGCGGACGGAUACGCGACAGGCGCACAUAGAGAAGUCUCUGGCACAGGCAGAUCUUCUGAUGACCUAAUGGAACUGAAUUUACGAGUAGUGCUGUUUUGGGUCCUCGUGCUGCACUGUGGUUCUGCUGAAGGCAGCAUCCUGUACCGGGUCCAGGAAGAGCAGCCUCCCAACACUCUGAUUGGUAGUCUGGCAGCAGACCAGGGCCUGCCAGACUCGGGUCAUCUCUACAAGCUGGAGGUGGGUGCCCCUUACCUUCGUGUCGAUGGAAAGACGGGAGACAUUUUCACCACCGAAAUUCCCAUAGACAGAGAGACCCUGAGGGACUGCCGAUCCCUGGCCAAGGGUAAGCCCUGCUACCUGGAGUUUGAAGUAUCAGUGACAGAUCUGAUACAAAACCAGAGCCCACGACUUAUUGAAGGACGCAUUGAAGUACAGGACAUCAAUGACAACACUCCACAAUUUCCCUCUUCUGUGCUCACCAUCUCCGUCCCCGAGAACACAAUCAUGGGGGCACUCUUCUCCAUACCUCUAGCUACAGACAGGGACUCAGACAGGAAUGGGGUGGCGGAUUACGCUCUGACUGCAGGGCCAGAUGCAGCAACCCUAUUUGGCUUACAGGUGGCUGAUGACAGGGGAGGGAAGCUUCCACAGCUCAUUGUACUGGGCAACCUAGAUCGUGAGUUAAAGGAUUCCUAUGACCUCACCAUCAAGGCGGUGGAUGGAGGAAACCCUCAGCGCUACAGCAGUGCUUUGCUGAGAGUCGUAGUCACCGAUGCCAAUGAUAACGCUCCGAAGUUUGAGAAGUCUACGUAUGAAGCAGAAGUGUUGGAAAACAGUCCAGUGGGGCACUCUGUAUUGCAGGUCAAAGCAAAUGACUCUGACAUGGGCCCCAAUGGAGAAAUUGAGUACACCCUUCACCAGGCGGUAGACCCAGUGCCGAAACUCUUGCGAAUUGAUCGCUCCACUGGCAUUAUCUAUGUCAAAGGACGACCGGACAGGGAGGAAAUCAACAGCUUGUCCUUCUAUGUGGUGGCGAGGGAUAAGGGUCCUCAACCUAAAAGCUCCAAGACAUUUGUAACCAUUGAGGUGACUGACCAAAAUGACAAUGCUCCAGCUGUAGAGAUCCGUGGAAUUGGCCUUGUGACACACAGUGAAGGAGUGGCUAACAUUUCAGAGGAUAUGCCAGUGGGAACAGCCGUGGCUUUGGUGCAAGUGUCUGACAAGGAUGAGGGAGAGAAUGCUGUGGUCACUUGUGUGGUCGCCGGUGAUGUGCCCUUCCAGCUCCGCCCUGCCAGCGACUCAUCCAGUGACAAUAAGAGAAAGUAUUUCCUACAGACCACCACUCCUCUUGACUAUGAAAGGCUCAAGGAUUACAUAGUAGAGAUUGUGGCUGUGGAUUCUGGAAAUCCAGCACUCUCUAGUACAAACUCUUUGAAGGUGCAGGUGACUGAUGUAAAUGAUAAUUCCCCAAUAUUCUCACCAACCUUGUUUGAGGUAGAUUUUGCUGAAGAAAACCAACCAGGGGAGAAGGUUUUGGAUGUUACAGCUUCAGAUGCUGACAGCGGCACUAAUGCAGAACUCCUGUAUAAUAUUGUGGCUGACUCAUCCAUCAAAGGUCUGUUUGAGAUUGACCAAAAUACUGGAGAAGUAAGAGCCCGAAGCCCGCUUGACCGUGAGCAUAAAGAACGCUAUGAGUUCCGGGUCACCGCAGCAGAUAAAGGGUCACCUGUUCAUAAAGGAACAGCAACUGUUGUAGUAAAAGUCCUCGACCGUAAUGACAAUGACCCCAAGUUCAUGCUUAGUGGCUACAGCUUUUCAGUUUUGGAAAAUAUGCCUCCCCUCAGUCCAGUUGGCAUGGUGACAGUCCUGGAUGUGGACCAAGGUGAAAAUGCUCAUGUUCACCUCUCUGUAGAGCCUGAUGGAGGGAAGUUUGUCGUUCAAAAUGGAACAGGCACCAUUCUCUCAAGCAUCUCGUUUGACAGGGAGAAGGAAAGCAGCUAUACUUUCCGUCUAAAAGCCGUGGAUGGAGGGGAGCCAGCCAGGUCUUCAUAUGUGGGCGUUACCAUCAAUGUCCUGGAUGAAAAUGACAAUGACCCAGUUGUCACCAAGCCCUCCAAUUCCUCAUUCAGGCGCUUAUCACCUCUAGCUUCCCCGGAUAGCCAUGUUGAGGUAGUGGAAGCUGAAGACCUAGAUAGUGGGCCUAAUGCAGAGCUAGUCUUUAGUAUUGCUGGCGGAAACCCUUACCAGUUAUUUCGCAUCUCCCCCUCCAGUGGCGAGAUUACUCUAGCAAAAGAAAUGACCCGAAAACACGGUGGACUACAUCGCCUUGUGGUGCGGGUGAGUGACAGGGGGAAGCCUGCACGUCAUGCCACUGCCCUGGUCCACAUCUAUGUCAAUGAAACAAUUUCAAAUGUCAGCUUAGUGGAGGCUCUAGUUGGACACAGUCUUUACACUCCACUAGACAGGGACAUUGCCGGUGAUCCUGACAAUGGUUUUGCUGCACAGCGUAGUAAUAUAUUAUUCGGAAGCCUUGCUGGUGUGGCAGGUGUUGUCAUGUUAAUCUUAGUGGUGGUGUUUAUUCGACAUCGCAUCCAGAGAGAAACUAAGAGUGGGUAUCAGGCUGGCAAGAAGGAAACAAAGGACUUAUAUGCUCCUAAACAGGCACCGAAGAAUGCCAAAGGCAAACGAGGACGGAAAGGAAAACCCCAGAAGUCCCCAAAACCACUCGGGGAAGAGGAGGAGGUCAGUCUUCAAAAGAGUCUCAAGUUCAACCUUGAUGGAGUCAAUGAUAGCCCCAGGAUACACCUGCCCUUAACAUAUUCACCAGGAAGCCCUGAUAUCGGCAGGCACUACCGCUCCAACUCCCCCUUACCCUCCAUCCAGCUACAGGCCCAAUCCCCCUCAGCCUCACAGAAGCAUCAGGUCGUCCAGGACCUUCCUGCUGCCAACACCUUUGUGGGAACAGGAGGAGAUGACAACUCUACCGGCUCAGACCAGUACUCAGAUUACAGCUACAAGACCAGCCAACCGAAGUACAACAACAAACAGCAUCCUCAUCGGCGAGUGACCUUCUCCACCGCCAACCCUGUGCAGGACCUGCAGGACGCCUCUCAGCACAGCUACUAUGACAGCGGCUUGGAAGAAUCAGAGACUCCCAGCAGCAAGUCAUCGUCUGGUCCACGCAUCGGACCCCUGACCCUGCCCGAGGACCACUAUGAGAGAACCACUCCAGAUGGCAGCAUUGGAGAGACCGAGCACCCUGAAAAUGAUAUCCGCUCCCUCCCUGAUGUGGCAAUGACCGGAAACUGUACAACGGAGUGCAGCGAAUUGGGCCACUCAGACGCCUGCUGGAUGCCCGGGCAUCCCUCCCCCGUACGCAAGACCAGGAACCUCCCGAAGCUCUCCACCUUCGUGCCUUACCAGGAGAGAGGGAGCCUUGGACGUCUGGCAAACGGGAGCGCCAGGCUGGGUGGAGAGGAGCACCGGUCGCGCCUUCCACCCUCUCGCAGUGCCUAUUCCAGCAGCGGUCAUGACGCCAGUCAGGACUGCCCCUUAGAGGAGAUGCCCCUGAGUGUAGCCUCUGAGUUUCCACCCACCUCCCCUGCUGCCCACACUCCGAAAAGAGAAAUUUACCUGUGAGGAAUAUCAUCAUCCGAUUGGUGCACAAAUGAAGAAAAGAUACACCCACUUCAGAAGGAGAAACAGGCUAUCCACACACUAAAGCCAAUGCCCGUUUUGUAGUUAACAAUAGGCUGUGACUCAUUCAAUCACCGGCAUGAACACUUGUUUUUUUUGUCAUCUCCUCCUUAAAUUAUUAAUUUAUUAGCAUAUUUAUUAAGAAUUCCACACAGUCAAUUGAUGCACUCACUCAUUUAUUUAUACAAAACCUUAAAGGAUACAAUUGAAACUGAUCAAAAGGAAAAUACAGAUAGUAAUUGCUACUUUAGUAGUAACUAAUUAUCGUUGUAGUUAGCCAAGUCCCAUUCUGUGAAGUGAAUUCAAGUGAAUUUGAAAGUUGUGAUCAGUGCUCUUGUGCCAUUAUUAGAUAUAAUUUAAUAGACAGCCAGUCAGGCCCUAACGGAAGGCAACACUUUUGACUAACAAUCAGUUGAAAUGGUCUAUUUUAAUGUACAGUGCUGUAAAUACAUUUGAAUGGUGUGUUCUACAUAUAUUUUUGUCUGGCAUAAGCUGAAAAAAAAAAAAA